CGGGCAACCGCUGCGCACGCCCCACUAGCUGGGCGGUCGACUUAACGCUUCAGUGGGUCGACAGCGAUCAUUUAUUAACCACAGCGCUCAUAAGCUUCACUUUACCAUAUGCUCGAUAACAUGUUUAUAAACUGUCACUAACUAGUCAUUUCAGGCCGUCACUCGCAUGUCCACGAUGAUUGAGCUUCUCCGCAAGUUCACUGCGGACUACAAGUAUCAGACAGAUCUGCUCUUGGGCGAUAACCCCACCGAGCUUCCCCAGCCUGAUCUGUUUGCCAACCUUGACUCCGCCGCUGCGCAGCUUUUGGCUGGCGUGAACCCAGUGCUCGACUUGGGGGCUCCCGCCGAGGAGAAGAAGGAGCGCAAGAAGCGUAGCCAUGACCCCAACGCCCCCAAGCGUCCGCUGACUCCGUACUUUUUGUACAUGCAGCACGCUCGCUCCAUCAUCGCCAAUGACCUGGGCCCCGACUCGCCCAAGGGCGCCGUUCAGGAGGAGGGUCAGCGCCGCUGGGCUUCCAUGUCGGCGCAGGAGAAGGACGGCUGGAACCACGCAUACCAGUACAACCUUCGCCUGUACCAGGCCCGCAUGGCCUCGUACAAGGCGGGCAAUCCCGAUGCCAAGGAUAUGUCUGACGAUGACGCUGCUGCCUAUGCCGAAGCAAACAACAUUCCCAUGCCUACCGGUAAGGAUGCCGCGGCUCAGGACGCCGGUCAGAAUGAUCAGGAUGCGAUCGCUCAGCAGCUUCAGCAGCAAGUCGGCCCGGCCACGGUCAUGAUGCCUGACGACACAAAGACGCCCAAGAAGGCCGCCGCCAGCCGCAAGCGCAAGAGCGAGGUGGGCGAGGCGCCCUCGAACAUGGGCACGCCGGUACAGGCUGGCGCCGCCAGCCCCGAUAAGAAGCGUCGGAGGUCAGGCAAGCAGGCACCUGCCGAGGCGGUCGAAGAGCCCAAGAAGGGAGGACGUAAGAAGACUAAGAGCUCCUAGACGCUCCUCUCUACGUUUGGGUGUUUCUUCGGGGAGCGAAAACUGGGGCCGUGAUUGUGAUAUACCCCCGGGGGUCUGGAAUCUAGGGAAACGUCUUUGUGGUGAUACUGAUACUUGGUGUUUUGGUGUACAGCUGGUUGCUUGUUUGGUUCUCGGGUCCAAGUCCAAUGGCUAGGAGGAGGGAAAAGACUGCAGUCAUUAUGCGGCGUGGGACAAGUGGUGGCUUAGGGA